CGAGUUUCACGCCUCAAAGUCUUUGAUUCCACCGCCGGAGCAGCGUCGCCAGCAUUUGCAUGUCUCGCCGCACCGCGCCGCUGCUAUAAACGUCGCUGCCCAGCACGGCCUGCGCUUCCUGCUGCUGCUGCCGCUGCGUUGCGUUGCGUUGCGCUGCUUGUUUCCUACCCGUCCUGUCCUUUCGUCGUUGUUGCCAGGGCCACACAGACGCCGUCCUCGCGCCGUCCUCUCAUCAUCGCUCCAACUAUAGAUCACUCCUUGCUCUGGACGCUCAUCUCUCUUCUUAACCACGCCUCCGCCGCCGCCGCCGCCCACCGCGGCACCACCCUCCUUCCACCUCCACAGCCGACACUGGUCCUCGACGCCGCUUGCUUUGCAUUGGCCGCGAGCAGACUGGCUGCCAGCCUGUCCGGAUUCGGCACAUACCACACACUCGCAACCACGCAUACACGCCUACGCACAUCACUUCGCAUCCCGACUCCAUCCUCACCGCCGUCGCUGCCGCCAUGCUCGACGGCGCCGCUUCUGCCUCCUUCGCCGGCCGCUAUACCCUCCACCGCCCACGCAUGUCAGACGAGCGACCGCACACCGUGCAUGCCUCGUCCUCCUUAACACUCGACUUUGCUGGCGGCCAGGAGAAUCAGCCGCUGGACUACGAAUCAUCCUCCGACAGCGACGACCACACGCCGCGAGCAUCUGCUGCUGGCCCCAGCAGCUUCGACAAAGGAGCCGCCUUCCUGUCGCAGCGACGCAUGUCCCGCGACGAUACCGCCAACGACGUCCACGUGCUCACCGUGUCACCUGCUACUACAGCCGCCAAUGCCGAUGCAUUUGGGCUAUGGGAGGACAUACCGCCGCACCUUACGGAGCAGGAAUUCCAUCUGCAACAGGCGCACGCUGCACGCGCGAGAAAGCCUCUCUCCCCGCUGCAGACCGAAGCACCGCACGGCGAUACAGCCAAGUCCGCUUCCAUCGGCAGGCGGCUGUCCAGGUACUCGAGGGACCGCGUGAAUACGCUGCGUGAGAACAUGCACCGCUACACCCUGCCCGUGUCACGCGGCCGGAGGUCAAGCACCCCCAACCCCAUUGACAGUCAUGAGCCGGCGUGCAUCAAUCCUGCCUUACUCACCAAACAACAACCCACCUCGCCAUCCAAGCGCAGCGCUCGACACGAAAACGACAGACCUCGAAAGUAUCGUAACAAUUUCUUCCCUUUGGGUGAUCGCAAGGACACUCCAGCACCAAGCAGUACCUUGGGCCUGCCGGUACGACCUGCUAUCGGGAGUCGCUUCACUCCUUCCAUUGGCUCCGCGCCAGGCGGUGACGCUGCUCGCAAGGCCGCUGCCAUGCACAACCACCACUUCCUACCGGCUGGAUCGUUGGCGGAAUGGGUAGGAUCCAAUCAAGAUUUGCACGACCGUCGGCAUCACCUGGGCUCCAUGAGCAGUGCAGCAGAUAGCGGUGCAGACUUGUCCACAUACAGCGGUUCUGACAUGGGCUCUGUUCGCGACCCCGACGGAGAUGUGGACAUGCUCGAGCCCGAGCCAGCCAACCACGACUUCACCAGAAUCUUCCCAGAAGAGCUAUCUCUCCUCGUCUUCCAGCACUUGGACGCGCCAAAUCUGCUCAACGCUGAACAGGUAUGCCGGAAGUGGCACUCAAUGGCUACGGACGUAUCCGUGUGGCGCACCAUCUUCCUUCGCAAAUAUCAACGUCAAGUCUACACCGACCCCCCGCCAGUCCAAGUGGGAGGAAAGGGCAUAGGUCUUGCCAAUCGAGCCAACCAGGAAUGGCGAAAGAUGUAUAAAGCCCGCGUCGAACUCGAGCAAAACUGGCGAGCUGGUGCCGAUGAGGCAGGCAAGGCUGUGUAUUUGUCGGGGCAUACUGAUAGUGUCUACUGCCUACAGUUCGACGAACAUGUCAUAAUCACGGGAUCGAGAGACAGGACAAUUCGCGUAUGGGACAUCAAUACCUACCAAUGUCUCCGCGUUAUUGGAGGACCGAAUGUGAAGCCAGUAGCGGGUCCUAAAGUGCUGCGCACUGUCGACUACCCAUCGUUCCACAUGGCGACUGCUAGUGUGAAUGGCACGGCAUACGGCGACAACAUCUAUCAGGAGCCUAAAUAUUAUCACGAUGCAAGCAUUUUGUGUCUCCAGUACGAUGAAAAGAUCCUAGUGACGGGAUCUUCAGAUAAUGACUUGAUCGUCUGGGAUAUCAAGACUUUCGAGCCGAUCGCACGCCUGCGCAAGCAUGCUGGUGGUGUCCUCGAUGUUGCGCUGGACGCCAAGCACAUCAUUUCUUGCAGCAAGGACUCGAGAAUCAUCGUGUGGGAUCGCGAGACUUUGCAAGCGAGGGGUGAAUUGAUCGGCCACAGAGGUCCUGUCAAUGCCGUUCAAUUGCGAGGCCACCUGCUUGUCAGUGCAAGCGGAGAUGGCAUUGCCCGCUUGUGGGACAUCAAUCAAAUGAAGCUGAUCAAAGAGUUCAGCCCAAAGGAGCGAGGCCUUGCUGCUGUGGAAUUCAGCGAGGACAUGAAGCAUGUCUUGGCUGGUGGUAACGACAACAUCACUUACAAGUUCGAAACCGAUACUGGACGGGAGGUGAUGCAGUAUACGGGCCACUCGCAGCUCGUCCGUUCGCUGUGGCUGGAUAGCGCAAACGACAGGGUCGUGUCUGGAAGCUACGAUCUCGAUCUUCGCGUGUACGACUUCACGACUGGACAGGAACUCUGGCGUGGGGAGGAGUGGACGACGAGCUGGAUGCUCGCAGCCAAAUCGGACUAUCGUCGAAUCGUGGCUACCAGUCAGGAUGGUCGGAUUCUGAUCGUCGAUUUUGGCAUCCUGAAGGGCGCGCCGACAUACCAAUCGCGGGACGGCAUGCCCAUUGAAAAUAUUGAACUGCUCCGAGGUAUCGAACAUACCAGCGAAAUCAAAUUCCGAGACCCUUUCGAACGCAGAGACAACGUCACCCGCAGGUCUUAGGUCGACCCUGUAGCGAUGUCAACGGCUGCUCCGUCUGAUCAACACGACUGGUCUUCUGUCACCACCGUUUCUUCGCGUAGCAGUCUCCUACAAUUGGAACUAGCAACUAGCGAUUCGUUUGACUGGAACGACGAGGCCUUGGAUACUGUAACUCCAUUGUACGGAGAAUCAUGUGCAUGCAUGCACAUAAUGAAGGGGGCACGACGAGUAUAGAAAGCCCUUCUGCUAAUGUUUGGAUGUUCACGGAGGCAUUGACAGCGUUCGCGUGGCGAAGCAUAUCUCUUUUCAUCAUGCAGUGACUUGACGCGUGUAGCGAGGAGCGUGCGUUCGAGCAUCACUUUACUGUCUUUCACAUCUGAGGUCCAGGACUACCUGUAGGGAGGGACAGGUCGACCGGGCCUUGUGGACAAUCAUUCAGAGAGGAAAUUUUCAAUAGUAUGAGCAUAUUGCAAAGCAUAGAUUCAUCAAUUUUGUCAUCCAC